GAUCUGACAAACAUCAGGUAAUGUCAAAUAAAGCAUUAGAUCUCAGCAUUAGAUACUUGCGUCAUGCGUCUAUACUCUACUUUAUUUGUCUCUGGUACUGGUACGAUUAUAAAUGAUUAUUGAAUCAUUUAUUGCGAUAACAUAAAUAAAAAUAAAUACAAUAAUGGGAAAGGAGGAAGUAUCAGCAAAAAAACGCCGCAAAAUCAACACAAGUUCUUCAAGCGAUGUUACAAAACAAAACCCCACAGAUGUGUAUAAGCGUGUGGUGGAAUUUGAAGAAACAGAAGCUCAACUACGUCCUGCGGAUAGAGAUGCCAGUUUAUUCAAAAAACUUUGUCAAGAUAUUAGACAACUUUUCGCGGAUAUAGCAGAAUUGAAAAACAAAGAUAAUGAGGAGGCAAAGGAAAAAAUCAAUGCAAAGAGAGUUGAAGCUUCAUUACUACUGGUUGCACUUAAAAAAUUAAACCGCUUGGAGAAAGUACGCACCAGAGCAGGCCGUGAUGCACUACAUAAAGAGAAACAGAGGGUGGACUCAACACAUCUGUUGCUACAGAACUUACUUUAUGAAGCUGAUCAUCUCAACAAAGAAGUGACAAAAUGCCUACAGUUUAAAUCAAAAGAUGAAGAAAUUGAGCUUGUGCCAGUUGAAGAUUUCUAUAUCAAUGCCCCAGCAGACGUGUCACGAGCAGAUAUUACAAAGAAAGAUGAACAUCAGUUACAAUUGGCAAGACUGGAGUGGGAACUUCGUCAGCGUCGUGAACUAGCAGCAGCGUGUAAUGAGCUGGUAGCAUCAAAAGAUAGAGUUGCUGCAGCUAUUGCAGCAGCUCGUUCUAGACUAGAUGCCUUGGCUCCACACCUCAAAGAUGUCCUUAAAGCCACUAAACCACUGCAGGAAUGUUUGGCUCUGCGAUUGGAUGAGAAAAGAGAUGAAACAAGAACAGCUUCAUUGCUUCCUCCACCACUAUUUUUGCUCUACUCAAAUGCUUAUGCAUAUUCUGAUGUUUUAGGAAGCAAUGUUGUCACUGUCAGUAUAUCAGGCGACGAAGACGAUGCGCGGAGGCUAGAACAGCUGCAUAAUAUAGACAAUGAUCUUGUUGCAUCUAAUGACUCUGAUUCUGAUGCAGAUAAUAAUGAUGAAGAACAAAACAAGAAGAAACGCCACCACAGAACAUCUAAAUUAUCCAAACAGGAAAAAGCUGAAGCUAAGAAAAAGGAAGUACUAAGGAAACAUCCUUUAAAUGUUCUGUUGUCUGUUAAAGUCCCAGAUGGUACUGCUCUCACACUGAUUUUCUCAUAUUUAUUACAUUUGAAGAUAAUUGUUGUGAAGUUUACAGUCGCACAACCAAAACCAGUGACAGGUGUUUCUGCUGCUGAUGUGUUGAAUGGACAUUGCAUUUUGAAUGAACUAUACCCGGGAGACACAGGAAAUGAUUCCCCUCACCCUGCCACUGCAUUUGUACUGAAUUCUGUCGGAAUAUCUGAGACAUUUCAAUAUUUUAUUUCGGAAGUUGGGAGACCUUAUAUUUGGGCCCAAAGAAUGUGCGGUUUAGAUUUUAUGAGUUUAGUAGUUGGUGAACAAAAUAUCAACAAAGUUAUAGAGCCAUCAAGAAGCCUUAGCAUAACAACUGUUGAAAACUUUAUUUUGACUUUGAAAAAGAGACUGAAAUCUAGAGUUGAACUUAUGCGGGAAUUGCAGGAUCUAGAAUCUGGAAAAAUUACCCCAGCCAAAGGGGAUAUGACGUGUCCUGUAAGGUUGUCCGGUUCUUUGACACAAUGGCAAUCAGUUGGUUGGCCAGAGUAUUCUCAAUCUCCUUCUACCAACUUUUUAAUCUCUGAAGGUCUAGUUACUCCAAAUGAUUUGUUAUACAGGGCUAUUAUUACGCGGCAGUCUGCUAAAUUGGUUGCUAUGGUUGCUCUUAGGAGCGAUUAUCCCAAAGUAGCACCAAUAUUUUCUCUGACACUUCAUUGGAAUGGAACACAUCAUUCUGGAAUUAAUGACGAUAUAAGAGACAUUGAGAGAAUAAUAAACACUGAUUGGGUCUCUGGGGGCGAUAAUAUACAUGGGUGCCUUUCCAAUCAGAUAUCAAAGUUGCUAACUUGUCUGGAUAUUUUACUAGAAACUUCAGGCUCAUCAGAGUUUCCACCGGAUAAAGUUAUGCUAAAUCCUGUACGAGGUCGAAAUAGAGUGAAACCAUAUAAAUAUUUGAAACAAGGUGCUGGUGUAUUUGUGCAGUACUAAAUAUAAUAAACUGAACUGUAUUACCUACUG